AUGGCUAUGGUCUCUAAUCCUAAAUUGACCCAAUCUCGGUAUACCGAUAUUCAAGGUGAACCGAUCGGUAAACUACUUGUACCUAUCAAGGGUUAUCAAAACGAACCACUUCUACCGUUAGAAGAAGCAGUAAAACCGAUUCAACAGUUCUUCAAUAAUCUCGAGGAACAUGUGUGGAUUGCGAAGGAAAAUUGCCAAACUCCAAAAGACGAUCUCACACAGGACGAGGCAGCCGCCAUACACCUUUACACCAUGCAAUUCGAUUCAGGUGAAAGUCUGUAUCAAGUAUUAAAUCGAACACUGCGAGCAGAAAACCGUGAUGGCCUGAAAUCGUGGUUUUUAUACCUGAAACUGUUUUUGACUGCUUUGCAUAAACUUCCGUCUCAGCCACAGACAACGGUUUGGAGGGGUGUUCGGAAUGUGGAUUUGAGUGAAAAGUACAAGACUGCCGUCAGGUUUGCUUUGGAACUAUGGUUAAAAGAUGUCCAUGCGGCAAAUGGCCGACUGCUAGCGUGA